AUAACUCCACCUUUCAUUUGAAUCCUCUUAGUUAAUUACUACUUCUUUUAGACCAACUACUAAAAAAAAUCUCUUUGUUGUUGUUGAAUAAUACUCAUGGGUUUUAUGAAAGUCGCUAAGCUUUUUCUCUCGAUAACGGUUGUUUUUAGUUUUUUUAUGUUCAUUCUUGCUAGUGCUGCUGUCUACAAAAUUGGUGAUGAUGCUGGUUGGACGUUCGGUAGCGCCAAUGUGAAUUAUGGUGUAUGGGCCGCUACAAAAAAAUUUCAGAUCGAUGACAUUCUUGUAUUUGUGUAUGACAAAACACAAAACAAUGUCCUGCGAGUGAGCCUCUCUGAUUUCCAUAAUUGUAACGCCGCGAACCCCAUCAGAAGUUACUCUUCCGGCAAUGACUCCAUCACCAUCAUGGGUCCGGGCCACUAUUACUAUAUUUGCGGUUUCCCGGGCCACUGUCAAACCGGUCAAAAGGUUGAUAUCAGGGUACCUAAAGUUGUUCAGCCCAGUGAUCUUCCAACUGGAAGCCCAAGCCCAAGCCCAGCUCCUGGAACAACCUUAUCUACUACUAGUGUCCAUGUAACUGCACCAGCACCAGCCAAGAGUAGUGCACCUUCAUUCUUCAUUAAUAAUGGGCUUGGGCUUGGCCUUACUUUGUUCAUGAUUGUCAUUGGUGCAGAUUAUGUGUUUUGAUUUGUAUUAGGGGCUAGCCCAAUGUUGUAGGGUAUGAAGUUUAUGUAUUAAAAAAGAAUUUUGGGGUUUACCCAUUGUUCAUUGCUCAUGUGUUUGGAUUUUAACUAGUGCAUUGUGAUUUUAUUAA